CCUCCCUCCCUCUCGUGUUUACCCGGCGCCGUUGCCUUGGCCCGCUUGCCACACUUUCCCCUGACCCGCUUACAACGUCUCCCUCCCACUCGCCGAAAACCGAAAACUGGGUCAUGGGGCACAACAAGUGCGCUCCCAUGUAGUCGCUCUCACAAACCGCUCGCCGCUCGAGCCGUGUUGCCAGCUCACGCACGUCGUCGUCGUCGUCGUCUGCUUGGGAUUUGAACCGCGGCUACAGCCGACGUCUGCGUUUUGAUUGAUCUCGCUGUGCGCAUUCAACUGUCUUCUCGCAUGAUGUGUGCGCGUGUUCAAAACGCUACUUCGUGACGCCGUCGUCUGCUUAUAUCCGACACUGCACGCGCACUGUCGUCUUCGUAAGAUUGCGUCUGCUGUUGCACAGUGUGUUGCCGAAGGUGUGCAGUGGGAAGAACGUACUUACUCGUUCUAAAUCGGACUGCCGGUGUGUGUUUGGUGGGCGAAGAAAAGUGAUGUGGUCUGCAGCUGAACUGGGCUGAAGAUCUUGUUGAAAUAAUAUUUUUGGUCGUGCGCGAGUGGUGGAAGGAUACGGUUUUGUGUUUUGAGCCCGUGAUUUAAAAAGAAGUUACAACGCCUUGUCACGAGAACUCCAGCGUGGUUCCUCCUCAACCCGGCUUGAACCAACCCCAGUGGUCACCGCGGUGGCCUGACUCCGGAUGGACUAGCAUGAUGGUGACAGAGGGCGAACCCUUGGCCAAGCAGCCGAGGGGGGACUGGCUCUGCUCUAUGGCCGCCGCUGCCGUCGACCUGCGAGCGCGGGAUACGCUCUUCCCCUCACGCAAGCAACGCGAAUUUAUCCCGGAUAACAAGAAGGACGACACCUACUGGGACAGACGCCGCCGAAACAACGAAGCAGCUAAACGUUCCCGCGAAAAGCGACGUCUCAACGACAUGGUUCUGGAGACUCGUGUCCUGGAACUCGCUAAAGAGAACGCCUGUCUCAAAGCUGAACUGGCAGCUCUGCGUGACAAGUACGGUAUUAGGUCACCGAUGCUUAUUGAACAGGAGCCGCCCCAGUCGCGCCACGUACCAGACAGUGCUUUGGCGGAUCUGAGGGGCCGGCGGAACAAGUUGCUAACCGCCUUGCUGCCAGCACUGGUGACACCGCCGAUGCCUCCUGGCGCCGUCGGUAUGCCUUCUCAGCCUCAAGCUCAGCCUCCUCCUUCAAUGGUAGUCGACGACGGUAGAGGACAGACUGACCAAGACCAGUCACCGUUGUCUUCGGGUUCCUGGUCGUCGGCAGAAGACAGCCCGCCACAGCACCACUUCAGCCUGCCGCAUAAGUUGAGGCAUAAGUGGCACAUCAGUGGAGGCGACGCUGUCGUGAUGCCUCCGCAAGUGAAUGGAGGAUCUUCAUCGCCGGAACUUCCCGGACGGCCCGCGUUCCGAGACGACACUGCCUCGUCGGAUGGUGAUAGCGGUGCGUCCAGUACGGACGCGCCUUCGCCCAGGAGGGACGAACGGAAGAGUCGUGUUGGCAACAUACGCCGCGGAGCGGCCAGGUCCGAUCUCCAAACCGAAAAUCUCCAGUUGCGAUCAGAGAUGCAGCGAUUAGCUGCUGAAGUGGCCAAUCUCCGUGACAUCAUGAUGGGUGCUCCGCAACCGCCGCAUCACGUGAUGCAUCACCACCAUCCCAACACUCCUCCACCGACGCCAGCGGGUGACUUUGGACCACCACCACCUCCUCCCCAUCUUAUUCCGAUGUCUGCGACAGUCGUGGAUGUUGCGUGCAGGACCCCACCUGAACUCCGACCACACCAUGUUCACGUUGACGACAACGGUCGCGAAGACAAUCCAAGCCACUGAAUGAUUCUCGAUGAUUCUCUUCUCCCAAGAGCUGGAAUAUUGUAAAGGGACAUCUGCGUGUAUGUGCGUGCGCCUGUGUUAGCUAGAAUCGACGUAAUGACAUCGUUCUGACGCCAUUUCUAGAGCAGCGUGACAUGGUGACUGAAUGGACCCAUAUUUAUUUGCGAAAGAUGUGUAAAUCUCAAAGUUCUGCGGAGCGUAUAUUGUACAGAUGGAACAGACAGUUGUGAAGACAACGUAACAAAGGUGAAGGAUUCUCUUCAGAACCGGUGCGUGAAGGCAAACGUUUAGCGUCGUCCAAGUCGUGUUAUUUUGAUGAAAUGUAGUUAAAAAGUGAUUGUGCCUAAUAUUGUUGCCUAGAAAGCAUAGGGCAGUGACUUAUGACUUCUUUGCUGGCUCAAGUUUAUGUGUGUACGAUGAAGUCACGGGCUUGGCUUGGAUUUUGGAUGAAUGUCGGCGUUUUCUGCGCCUUUCGCAUGGCGUCCUUCGGCGGCGGCGCUUUUUGAAACGCAUGUGUGAUCAUAUUUUUACAAACGCGUUGUUUCCAAAUCUUAAGAUGAUUAUGAUGUCAACCAACACCACAGCGGCUGAACAAGCAGCUAAUAUUUCCGUACGCUGCUAACGAGCGUAAAUUCUAGUUCGUUCUUACUUUAGAUUUACACAUCGUAUAUGUUUUCAUGUGCCAUACACAUCGAGCGGGAGGAAGAAAAAAACAAGAUCACCGCUUUGGCACAACCGGUCUUUCUUUACUUACUAUAUUUUAUCAAAUGCCGAAACACGUAACCCAAUUGUUUGUAGCCGUCUUAAAGUACCACAUAUGUUACUUCGUCAUCGAGUUCUGGAAGUAUGUUCUUCGAGAGACAUUACAAGACCAAUGCCAUACAUGUUCUUUUAAACACGUUCGAAACAAUCAUCAUUGUUCUAACUUAUCAGUUCACCUCCAAUGAGAUGGAAUCGUCACAGAAAAAUGAACCUAAUGUAUAUUUCGAACAGACCAAAACCAGCACAAAAAAGAUGAUACUGCUCAACUAAUCACAUGCCUUGCCGAUACAUGUAAAUGAUUUUCAUGUCUGUUACCAUUAUCUGGGCGUUUUUUCUACAGAGAUUUAAGCCGUAGAUAGAUGUUAUUGUUCAGCUGUCUUUUUUUAUUUAAAGAGUGUCUUACCUCAAACGCAGUCUCCCCCUCACGUCAAGGCCUUGCAGUACAAGCAACGCUGGUUGUAAUAAAUAUGUCUAUUUUUAAAAGAAAAAAUCUGAGCCUGUUUGCACGUAUGCAUGGUACACGCGCUAUUGUGAGUGCAUGGUCUAUCCUAUGUCCACGUAUCGGUGUCGUCGGCUCCUCGGCCGGCAGAGUUUUUUCUUCCGAGAUAUUUCUCCUUUGUUUUUAAAUCAAUCCAAUUAUGUUUGUUUUCAUGUGGUUGUUAGAAAUGCAUAGCGUUUCAGGCUGAAAGUCCUUGCUUCUUUUUUCCCCCGCUUACCAAUGAAGUGUGGAACAAUCAAUCCCAAGUGCUGAACUGAAAAUAAAUCUAAUCUUUGGUCUGUAC